AUGGAUGCUGAUGAAUUGGAAUUGAAAGGUCAUUUGAAAAAAUUGAAAAAAGAAGAAUUGCUUAGAAGGAAACAGUUAAAAGAGAGUAAUCUUCAGAAAAGAGAGCUUGAAUAUAAUAAUGCCUCAAAAAAUACUUCAAUAUAUAUUUCUGGUCUUCCCACAGACAAAACAACGAAAGAAGGACUCACUGAGCAGUUUUGCAAGUAUGGAAUGAUAAGAACCAAUCGAGAUGGGGAACCCCUUUGCAAGCUAUAUGUGAAUGAUAAAGGCGCUUUCAAAGGGGAUGCCUUGAUCACUUAUUCCAAGGAAGAAAGUGUUACAUUAGCAAUCGAAAUGAUGAACGAGUCGAUCUUCCUGGGAAAACAGAUCAGGGUCGAAAGAGCCCAAUUUCAAAACAAGGAAGGUGACAAUAUGCACGGGAAAGAAAAUGAUUUAAAGGAGUUCAACGGACCUGAGCCUCCAAUAAAGAGGCUAAAAAAAGCGAAGUCUGAAGGGGAGGGGGAAGUAAUAGAUUACAAUGACGAUGAAAGCCUAGCAAAAGCUGAUCGAACGGUGAUAUUUGCCAACGUAUUCAAUAUUUACAAAUCAUACACAAAUGAUGAUAUAAAUGAUAUUCAGGAAGAUCUUUUGGAAGGCUGUGAAGAGAUAGGUCAAGUAGACAGUAUAUCUGUAUCUCCCAAUAAGGGGGAAGCGACGGUCGUCUUUAAGAACAAUAAAGUUGCAUUGCAAUGUUGCAAAAUCAUGACCGGACGUUAUUUUGAUGGGCAAAAGUUGCUUGCUUUCAUUUCUGGAGAUGAGAACACUUCAAGCACAAGUGACAAGAAUGAGGACAGCGAAGUGGAAGAUGACCUUAUAUAG